AAAAAAAAAAAAAACCCACGACAGCUUUACACGUGCGGGACUCUGCGUGCGUGCGUGCGUUUUACAGCCGAGGACGAGGAAGAUAAACGAAGGCAAAGGUUUUUUUUGUUUUGUUUAUUUUUUUUUUUGCCCACCAAUAACAGGCGACCACACAGAGAUGCCCUGAUGUUACACUGAAGCCGAUUGGCUGGAGCGGGAGCCCCCGAGCCAGGCGGAGAGCCCUCCGUCGCGCCGCGAGCCGCCGCGGUACUCCCCCUCGGAGAGCUUGCCCCCGCCGAGGCGCCCGUUCGACCCGACGUGGUGGCUGCAGAAAUGCCGCCUCGCUCCACGGACCUGGAUCGUUAUUACUCGCUCCGGUCGCCGUGAGCGGCGCUUCACGGUUUAAAUCCCCCGGACAUUGUUGCAGGACCCUGGCAGCAGGAGGGGAAGAAAACUCGGGUGAAAGGAAGGAAAGAGAAAGUUGGCCGGAACCUCGGCGCCACCAUGCAGGGCAACGGUGGACUGUACGCGGUGAAGAAGAGGAGGAAGCCCGUUCAGAAAAAUGUGAAGCCUCCGCCGGUGAAGACCAAUCCGUCCAAACGCCACCGGGACCGUCUGAAUAUAGAGCUGGACCAUCUGACCGGCCUGCUGCCCUUCUCUGAGGAAGUUAGAGGUCGCCUGGACAAGCUGUCGGUGCUCCGGCUCAGUGUGGGAUAUCUCAAGGUCAAGAGCUACUUCCACGCGGUGCUCCAGAAAAAUGCAAGGUCGGCUCCUCUUGUCUGUGCAAACGGCAGAAAUGGACAGCCCGUGUCCCUGGGUGGAGUCGGUUUCUCAGAGGGAGAACUCCUGCUCCAGGCUCUGAAUGGUUUUGUGUUGGUUGUGACGACUGAUGGCACGAUCUUCUACACAUCCUCGACGAUCCAGGACUUCUUGGGCUUCCAUCAGUCGGACGUCCUCCACCAGAGUGUGUACGAUUUCGUUCACAUGGACGACAGGGAGAUGUUCAAAUGUCAGCUCCACUUCGCCCUCAACCCCAGCGAGACCGACGCCGGCAGUAGAGCAGAGGAUGGGCAGUCUAGCAGUAAAGCUUUGAGCAGCUCGCAGAGCUUCCUGCCCCAGUACAUCCCCCCAGAGAACUCCUCCUUCCUGGAACGAAGCUUCUGCUGUCGCCUUCGCUGCCUCCUGGACAGUACCUCUGGAUUCGUGGCUCUGAACUUCACUGGGCGUCUGAAGUACCUGCAUUUACAGGGAAACGCCGGGGCCGACGGGACUGGGGCUCCUCCUCAGCUCGCUCUGUUCGCCAUCGCCACGCCUCUGCAGUCUCCCUCAGUCAUGGAGAUUCGCACCAAGACCCUCAUCUUCCAGACCAAACACAGAAUGGACUUUGCACCUGUGGGCAUAGACACCAGAGGGAAGCUGGUUUUGGGUUAUACAGAGGUAGAGUUGGUCACAACAGGCUCUGGUUAUCAGUUCAUCCACGCUGCUGACAUGAUGUACUGCGCUGACAACCACCUCAGGAUGAUCAAAACCGGAGACAGCGGCUUCACGAUCUUCAGGCUACUGACCAAGACAGGACACUGGUUGUGGGUUCAGGCCUCUGCCAGGAUAGUCUUCAAGGGAGGGAGACCAGACUUCAUCAUCGCUCGUCAGAAAGCCCUCACAAAUGAAGAAGGAGAGGAACACUUGCGGCAGAGAAGACAGCAGCUUCCCUUUAACCUUGCCACCGGUGAAGGUGUCCUGUAUGACGUCUCUCUGGAUGACUUCUCCAUCCCUGGUCCUCCUGGCCCCGCCGCACCGGGCACCGCUGAGCCCAUGACAGAGAAACCUCUGGACCCCGCCUCACUCUUGGGAUCCCUUCGCCGGCAGGACCACUCUGUUUACAGCCAGCCAGAGAAGCCCGGUACCCAGGUCCCGGUCUUCUCCCAAACAGGGGACACCGAUUGCGAACCCCAGCUGUCCUUCGAACAAGCCUUUCUGGACAGCCACGCUCUGCUCAGUGUGCCGGGUCAGGUCCAGACUUUACAGAAGAGGUCUGUCACAGGGGACCUCACAUCAGAAGCCAUGAUUGACUCUUUGGAGCAGAUUUUGGGAGAUAUUGGGGAUGGAGGGAUAGAGGGUUUUGAUUUGGAGGAGACAGAGUUGAGGGACUGGGAAAACACCCUCAUCAGGAUGAAUCAAGAGAGGGAAGAUUCAUUGAGGGAACUGAAUCACACCCUGGCUAAUGAUGUGUUCUCAUACGUGGAGGAGGCUCUGAGGAGAGAGACUGGUGGGUUUGUGGCUCAGGGUUCAGAUCAGACUGGGUGUCACAUUUCUGGGACAACCAACAGUUUAUCCGUUCAAGGUGAACAUCCGCGGUUUUCAAACAAUGUGCCACAGUGGCAGCCAGCGAUGGACAAUUAUUCUAACCAGAGUGGAUUUGGAGAACAGGCUCUCGGUGAGGUUGGUAAUGCUACCGGACUGAAAGGUGCAUCUCCGGUUGUUUCUCACAGGACCACAAGCACACUAACGCCCGCUCAGUGUCGUAACACUCACCACGCACCCACCUCCUCUCUGUGGCCUCCAAGCAGCAGCAAUCACCACUCUGGCAAUGAGAGGAUUUCAACACAAUCCCGGGUGACACAUCAGUCUUGGCUUCCAUCUGCACAGAACACCGACAAUAUUCACAGCAGCCAUCAAGCUUGCUUGGAGGUGAUGCACCAAAGUGUGCAAUAUUCUCUAAACCAUACUGGUUCACAGCAGACUUGCGUUGGCCAAGAGCCUCGGGGCCCUUCGGUGUGGCAACAACCACAACAACAACAACAGCAGCAGCAGCUGCCGCAAAGUUUUCACCAUCACAGACUUUCACAUUCCUCGCACACACCAGGCGGUCUGAACUCAACAGUUCAGUCGUUCCGCCCGCACACACAGCGAUUAUCCGGCAGCUGCAUGUAUGAAAAAAGAGAAGGUCACAUACCGAACGCUGCUACUCUUCCUACCGGACAGAACUGGCCUCUCCUGGGACCCACACGCUCCAGAGGACCCACGCACGUUUCAAGGACGGCCACCAAUGCUCCACCCUUCACCCUGUCCCAUCCGGGCGGGGCAGUUCCAGGCAUCGACCAGGGGAUGAUGUCCAGUACCAGCACUCGCGCGGCUGCCUGUACAGACGUGGGCGGCAUCAGUUUGGGUCAUCUGAGCGGAAGCGAUGCCGACCGGGGACCACUUGGAUCAGAGUAUCAUGCUAAAAACGCAUCGUUACAGUCUUCGUUCUUCUGCUGGAACAGUGAAGCUCAGAUUCCCAAAGUUUCCCUGAACGGCGCCGUCGACCCGUUCGCCUUCCCGGCCCUUCCCACCGGGAGCAUCAACCUUUCCCAAAACACUGGACCGUAGACGCCUCUGCACUGCACUCUGAUUGGACUGAUAGAUAUGCAUGAGUGACUCAGAAAGCACCUCUGAGAUUGUUCCUGUAGACAAAGGAAGAGAGGAUUAUUAUAUUUUAACAACGUUGUGUCUGCUGUGGCUCACAGAGGAAUACGGACCUGCUCAUUUCAAACUAAAAACACCUCUGCUGCAUUACAGUCUUUUGCCGAUAACGUGUCUCCCAGUCUCCAGGCUUGACUCAUCGAGUAUGUAUCAAACAACCUUAUCCAAUAAUUAGCUUUUUAAACAUAUUCAGUAUGUGGCUCAUGGAACCAACCGGUUGAAGGGUCCUGUAAACUGAGAGGAAGCGGGAACCAAACGAGGUUUAUUUGCUGUAGAGAAGAUAUUCUGGACUAAAGUCUUUCUGUAUCACAUAACGUGUGAGGAUCAUGGAAAAGGACUAUUUCACCCCAGUUUAACUGGACAACGCUCUGGUUCUGUAAACCUUUAUAUCUGCUUCAUGUUAAUACCGGUUUAUAUCCAGUUCAUAUGCCGUUUUUAUCAGUGCGGUUCUUCGAGUGGAGUCUAGAGGUUAGAGCAGAGGUCAUAAGGUCACGUCAGUCUCUCUGAAGAAAUGAAUCCUGGAGUUUACAAAAUCAGCUCCACUUCAACAGUUGGCAGAAGAAACUUUUAACAGAGUUAAACAAAGAUUCCUUUGAGAGGAAAGAAAACUACAGCUCCUGUCCUGCAGAAAUUAGUCAUAUAUCAUUAAAUUGUUUUCCCAGUAACGUUGUGGUUACAGAUGUGAUGGCUGGCUGGAUUAUGUUCAGAGGCUUUUUUUUUUUUUUUUUAAUAAAUGGAUGAAGCACUAUAUUUAUUAACAACACCAGAGUCGCUGUGGUGUUGAAAGUCACCAUAGAAAUCAAGUUGACUUGGUAGUUUGGUUACUAACAAAGUGCAGCGCUGUGGCAGAUAAAGUUGGGGAAAGAUCGUAGUUAAAUCUCAGUAAAAACAUGUGUCUCAAGUCGCUGUGAACUGUUCUUCUGUUGUUAAACCAGAUACUUUGCCGCACGAUCGGAUAUUUCGGUAGAAAAAUGAAAUUCGUUGUCAGUGAACGUUUUACGGAUACGCUCAGUAUCAACGUUUUUUGCCACUUGUCAGACACGUAAA